AUGCCUUCGCAACGCCGAGUCAAGGUCUUUGCCCUACUGGCAGCUCUGGCCGUCCUCAGUUUCAUCUAUCUUUCUUCAGCUUCCUCAUCUACGCGAUCCAGCCCGUUCUAUACCAACACAGCUGCUGCUCUCGAUACAAAGCACCAGGAAGCUCUCGACCUAGAGAACCACCAAAAGAUCCAAGAAGCCCACGAAGCCGCCGAGAAACAAAAGCAAGCCGCCAACGGCGCCAAAGAUGCCGUCCACGGAGUUGUCGAUGCCGCUGAGAAGAGCGUCGCAGGCAGGAAGAUGAUCAAGGGAGAGAAGGGCUUGAAGGAUGACGGUGUGGCAAAGGUUGGAAACACAGGAGCACAACCUGACCCAGCCGAACAUGCCGACGAGACCGAGGAGGAACACAAGGUCGAGAUUGAGCUAAAUGCCAUCUUGAAGAAGAGUCCGAUCGUCAUCUUUUCCAAGAGCUACUGCCCCUACUCGAAGAAGGCCAAGGCUAUCCUGCUUGAGCAGUACAACAUUGUGCCUGCUCCUUAUGUUGAAGAGCUCGACCUCCACCCUCUGGGCCCUCAACUACAAGCAGCGCUCCUGAAGUCGACAGGCAGACGCACAGUUCCCAAUGUUCUGAUCAACGGCAAGAGCAUUGGUGGAGGUGACGAUAUCGCAGGUCUUCACGCAGAGGACAAGCUGGUGCAGCAGAUCAAGGAUUUGGGAGGCAAGCGCAUCAUGGAGGUGUCAAAGGCCGAGCCCAAGGCGGCUCGCGAGUUCAGAAGCUGA